AUGUCGAGCCCAGCAAAGAAGAGGAAGCUGAACAAUGCUGCGAAAAAUGAAAAGCCACCGCCCAAAGGGCUAGAGUACUUCUUUUCGAAGCAAAAGCAAAACGGUGAUGGGUAUUCUGCUGCCCCACGGAGCCCCCAGCGUGAGCCAGAUGACGCUCCUUUAACCGAUGAGGAGCUCGCUCGCAAACUGCAGGCCGAAUGGGACAAGGAGGCGAUGCAACUCAACAUUCAAGAGUCGGACGGCGUUGAAAUUUCAGCCAAAAGCGACGUCGGAGGAGCUGGUGAUCCGGGAAACUCGGCAGACCAGCAAACGGACGCACCCGAGCUGCCCGCCCCGGUGACCAUCUUUGGCGGGAAGAAGACUCUCGCUCUUCAAUCUGCGGGGAUGGAAGAAGAUGGCGUGACGAUAUCCCUACCGCUGGAUGAAUCGCCGCUCAUAUUUGAGCCGUCGAAAUAUGUUGAGCAGCUCAAGCAGCACUGGUCUAGAGAUGACGGCAGCGCAUCUUACGCAUUGCUGACUCGAUGCUUCGUUCUCGUGAGCGGGACGGCGAGCCGUAUCAAGAUUGUGGACACGCUCGUCAAUUGUUUGCGCAUACUGAUCGAAGGGGACCCCGAGAGUCUCCUGCCGGCCGUGUGGCUGGCAACAAAUUCCAUUUCACCGGCAUAUAUCUCGAUGGAGCUGGGCCUAGGCGGCUCGGCUAUUUCCAAGGCUCUGAAGCAAGUGUGUGGCCUGGACAGCCGAUCGCUCAAGAUGCUGUACGACAAGUAUGGCGAUGCGGGCGAUGUGGCAUUUGAGGCAAAGAAAAAACAGAGCUUUACGCUAAGGAAACCCAAGCCGCUGUCUAUAAAAGGGGUGUAUCGGUCCCUUUCUAAAAUUGCCACGACGCAGGGACAAGGCAGCAACGAAGUGAAGCAGCGAAUCGUCGAUCGCUUGCUUCAGGAUGCCCGCGGCGGUGAGGAGAGUCGUUUUAUCGUGCGAACACUUUGCCAGCACCUGCGAAUUGGCGCGGUCAAGACAACAAUGCUCAUUGCCCUUUCCAGAGCGUUUCUACUCUCCAAGCCAGCGAUCGCAGAGUAUGAUGUACGAAACAAAUCCCUGCUAGCGAAGUCGAAGAAGGAAGAACUCGCAGAGGUGUGGGCCAAGGCGGAGGAAAUUGUCAAAGCCUGUUUUGCGAAGCGUCCGAAUUAUAAUGACCUGAUCCCGAAUCUCCUGGAGAUUGGUGUGUGCGAAGAACUUCUGAUCCGAUGUGGACUGGCUCUCCAUAUCCCGCUUCGACCAAUGCUGGGAAGCAUCACAAGAGACUUGUUUGAAAUGCUCACCAAGUUGCAAGGGCGCGACUUCACCUGCGAAUAUAAGUAUGACGGACAGCGAGCACAGGUACAUUGCGAUGAAGGAGGCAAAGUCUCCAUCUUCUCCCGCCAUCUCGAAUUGAUGACGGACAAGUAUCCGGACCUGGUGGAACUGGUACCAAAGAUACGCGGGGACGGCGUUUCAAGUUUCAUCAUGGAGGGAGAGGUUGUUGCUGUGGAUAGUGCCAGUGGCGAACUGAAGAACUUCCAGGCGCUCACGAAUAGAGCUCGAAAGGAUGUUGAGAUUGGCAGCAUUACUGUCCAAUCGCUGCUGAAUCGAUCGUUUCGAGAGAGGCGCGAGCUACUGCGAUCGCUGUUCACUGAGGUGCCCAAUCGCUUCACUUGGGUUAAGAGCCUGGACGCUACGUCGACCGAAUCAGAGACAGUACUGGACUUUUUCAAGUCGGCGACAGAGAGCAAAUGCGAAGGCAUCAUGGUGAAAAUUUUAGAUAAUCUACCCGAUAUAGCGUAUCUCGGAGGAGAAGAGGGUGAGAUGAAAGAGGAGGAACCAAAGCUGCAGAUGCCGAAGGGGAGAUCCAAGUCCAAAGGGAGCAAGAAAUCAGACGAAGCAGAGUCGAAUGAGCCACCCAAGAAAAGGUCGAGACGAAAGGCGUUGCUGGCAACGUAUGAACCAGACAAGCGACUGGACUCUUGGCUCAAGGUCAAGAAGGACUAUAGCUCCAGCUUUGACACUCUAGAUCUGAUUCCCAUUGCUGGAUGGCAUGGCCAGGGUCGUAAAGCCAAGUGGUGGUCACCCAUUCUACUGGCUGUGCGGAACGAAGAGUCGGGGACGCUGGAGGCUGUCUGUAAAUGCAUCUCUGGAUUUACCGACGCAUUUUAUAAAGCGAACAAGUCAUUUUAUAAUGACGGAUCGGAAACCGGAGAGCCCAAGAAUACACGUUUGCAGAUGCCCAGCUUCGUCGAGUAUUCUGGUCCCAUGCCAGACGUCUGGUUCGAGCCGCAGGAGGUAUGGGAGAUGGCGUUCGCGGACAUUACGCUUAGUCCCACAUAUACUGCGGCCAUUGGGCUGGUGAGCGAUGAGAGAGGAUUGAGCCUGCGAUUCCCGAGAUUUUUGAAGAAGCGGGACGAUAAAAGUUUAGAGGAGGCGAGUACGAACGAGUUUCUCGCAGGGCUGUGGCGGAAACAAGAGGCGUCGGCGAGCACUUCGAGCAGGGCCAAUCCUGUGGAAGCCGACGAAGAUGCCGAAUAA